CAGAAAACGAUAAGUUUGACGCGGUACAACUUGUUGUUAUUAUAAGUGCGUUAGAAGGUAAAGAAGAUUCAGUACGUUACAGUUAACGAGCAGCGUGAGUUGGAAUUAUGAACAAACAGAACUGUAUUCUAAAACAAACAGGACUAUAUUCUAAACUAACAGUGACGCUCGAAAGUGUUGUUUUAAACUGAAAUUUUAUGGAUUACCAUAGCUAUUAUAAAAAGUUAAAAAGGAGAAUUGAGGUGCGCGGUUGCGUGAAAUGGAGUCGGGAUCUUCAGCGUAAAUCAAAGAAUAUGUGCCGAAUUCGGAAUACAAAAACAAGAUGACAUCAACUCACAGCCGGAAGCAGGUUGAGCAAUACCCCUUCAAACCAACGGUGUACGUAGACGACCAACAAGCAGGAACUUCUAAAAGAAAUGUAUCUUCGUGGUCAACCAGCCAAAUUCGGAUGAAACCAGUGGAUUCUUCCCCUCCAAAGAUAUUCACCUGGAGUGGAAAUCGGAACAGUCACGGUAUCGAUUAUGAGAAAGAUCUAGCCUUCACGCUUUUCGUCGCUGCAUCCUUAGAGAAACGUAGAUUCCACCUGGCAUCGCAAAUGAUUGUGGCCGGUAAGUUUGAUGACGUAGUGCUAAUUUUGGACGACCGGAAGGAGGUAUGGUUCUUUCAAGCCAAGCACAGUCAAACACUGAAUGCUGAAAUUGACUACAAAGAGUUUUUUCCUGCAAAUUUUGAAGAGAACACUCAAUUCUCCCUUCCAAUGUACAUUCAAUCGUUUUUGAAUGUUUCACAGCAAUAUGAGUUCGUGAAUUACAAAAAGCGAUUCAUAAUCUACAGCAAUAAAACAAUUGCUGAAAGUAGUAGAGUUAAGCUGAGCAAACUCAUGGAUAUACAAGUCUGCACUGCAGAUGAUCAACUGGGAAAGCAAGUGUUCGAAACAUGUGAAGGAAGAAGUGAAGUAUUAGUACCAAAGGCAGAGAAAAUUCAAGAUGUACUGAACAAAAUCAACAAACUACCUAUCGCUGUUAAAGAUGCUAUAAUUGAGCUUCAGGAGUCAGGAACAGUAAGAAGUAUCUUGAGAAAAUACACCACUCCUUUACGAUCUAUUUUGAACAUUAACGGCGCCGUUGGUUUUGCAAAAACAUUCACAGAAAAUCAAGAUGAUAUCAACCAACGAUGGUUAUUGUAUGAGCUUCAAAAGUAUUACUCGAAAAAAAGUCUAUCAGAUGUGGUUUUCAAUAAGAAGUUAGACAAACUCCUACUACAAAAUAAAUCCGUAGAAACAAAUUUUCCUCGGUUUAUUGACGAAGACAAUUUGAAAAGUUUUUUUGAUAGCCUUGUAAUAUGCACCGAUCAGCCUGAUAAACUUUGUCGGUUUAGAGAUAACAUAACAGAAUCGUUUGUAGGAAAGUGGAUUCAUGAGAAGGACCGUGGCUUCUUUAGUGAUGGAACCAAAUUCAAUGCUAUAUUAGAAAAUGAAUUCGAAGAUUGGCACAAGGUAACAAACAUGAAUAAGAAUCAGAAGUCUUAUUUGAGAAGCUACGAAGGAAACAAGUGUGUUCGUAUGAUAGAAGCAGACCUGCGCAAAAGUUUACAAAAGAUGUCAGAAGCAGAUUUCAGUAAUUAUGUGGAACGUAAGCUAGUUUAUCCGAAUGGACAGGAAGAACUCACAGAAGAUGAAUUUGUCUCAAAGUUGGAGCAUACGUCUGGCCAUAAUGCUAACUUCAUGCUGGUAGGUGAACCGGGUAUGGGAAAAUCAACUAUUAUGAAAAAAAUUACGUUUCUUCUACAAACUGACUAUAACAAACACGUGUAUCUAAUUUGUUUGAGUACAUUGUUCAAACAUUACAAAGCAGAAAAUGAUAUAUUCACACUUAUGAAAUCCAAUCUUUCAAUAUCUAUCCAACAGUUAGUUCAAAAUAGUUUGGAAAAUACCCCUCAGCAAUGUUUCAUUCUACUGGAUGGUUUCGAUGAAAUUCAUACCUCGCAUCAGAUCUCAGCUAUUAAACUUAUCAAGAACACGUUCUGCAAAAAUAAUAUUCGCGUGUUCAUUAGUGGCAGAAAUCACGUUAAAGAAACACUCGAAAUAGCAUUUCAAGCUAAGGCAUUAAAGCUUGCUCCAUUUGCUGCGGAUGACCAAUUGUUGUUCUUAAGAAAAUACUGGCUCACCAGUUCUGGGAUCGACGGGAAAGACUUUGAUCGAUUUCUAACAUUUGCCAAACAUUUGCUCAAGGUAUUGCAUGACAAUAUUCAGUCAGUCAACUUUCGCUUCACCGGCCUCCCUUUGGUGAUUCUAAUGCUUGCAGAAGCCAACAAAGAAAAAUUUGAGAAAUACUGGAAGUCGACGGAUGAAAAUAGUGGCGAAAUAUUUGAUUCGGUUAACAAAGUUAGUUUGUUGCGUUUGUAUGAAUCUUUCGUCAACAUAUCGUUCAAUAUAUUUGUCAGGAAAAUAAAAAACGAAGACGGUUAUGCAACAGUAGAUUUGAAAACAAUCAAAUUUUAUAAUUGCAAUUUGCAAAAAUUUUAUCGUGCGCACCAAUUACUUGCUAUUCGGCAGUUAAGCAUCCCUAUGUUACAGGAUUUAUUGGGCAUUGGCGAUUCUAUAACAAUUCUUGAAAACAUGCAGCAAAUCCUUGACAAGGGGGAAAAGUCGUUAUUAAUUAAUGUUUCGAACGAGAAUAAAUUACAAUUCACUCACCUGUCGUAUGCUGAAUUUUUUCUUUCGAAAUUUUUAUAUGAACAUGUGUCAAAAUGUGAAGCGAUCCUGUUCAACGUUUUGGACACUUAUGAAGUAGUUCGAAACUUCUUCUUAACGAUGAUUGAGGAAAAUGUAACCAACAGUUUAUUGCAUAUAAGCACAAUCAGCAAUAUUUGCCACAAGGACCCCGAAAUAAUGUAUAUUGUAUGUUCUGAUGGGUAUGAAUUGAUUUUGAAAGAGCUUCUGAAGCACCAUAAAGCUAAAGUAAAGUUCAGGCAACGUUUGUCCGUCAAAGGAGGCACACUUCUGCAUGCUGCUAUAAAUUCGAAGAAAAUAAAUAUUCUAAAAUUAGUUCUUUGUGAACACCAAUUUGGCGAUUGCACUCACCAUAAGGGAAAUAGUAAAACAAUAGUAACAUCUGGAACUGAAAUAGACAUAAAUACUCCAGAUUCAUGGGGAUCACUGCCAAUUCAUUACGCUGUAGCUGAUGGUAAUAAACCAUUUUUUGAAUUUCUUGCGAAACACGGUGCUGACAAAUACAUCAAUGCUCAAGACCUAAACGGGUCAACUCCUAUUCAUUAUGCUGCCAUUGCUAGUGAUUGGGAAAUGGUUAAAAUGUUAACUGCCGACUACUCAGCAAAACCAAAUAUUCGUGAUGGUGUUGGAAAAACUAUUCUACACAUUGCGGCAGCAAAGCGUGAUUUGAAUGUCGUAAAGAUGAUGAUCACCGAGCUUUCAUGUGAUCCCAAUGUUGAAGACGAUAAAGGAGAAACACCUCUACAUUAUGCUGUCUAUUUGGGUGAAUGGGAAAUGGCCAAGAUAAUGAUUGGAAAAUAUUCAGGAAGCUACGGAAUCACUGGUACUAAUGGGCAACCUUUACUGCACUAUGCAAUCAAAGGAGGUAACAUGGAAAUCGUGAAAAUGCUUAUAGAUGAUUAUGCGGCUGAUGUCAACGCGCAGGAUGUAAAUGGAUACACACCGCUUCACGUUGCUGUCGAGUGUGGUACGUUGGAAAUGGUCAAGAUGUUAUGCAACAAAUAUUCCGCAGACUACAAAAUUGCCGAUAAGUACGGAAAAUACCUCAUCCAUUCGGCGGCCAAAGGAGGUAAUUUGGAAAUUUUAGAGAUGCUGGUAGUCGAUCUUUUCUUCAGUGUCAAUACGCAAGACAACCACGGAUGUACUCCUCUUCAUUAUGCUGCCCGGGGAGGCAAACGAGAAAUGGCCAAAAUAUUAAUUGUACGAUAUCGUGCAAACGUUAACACUACUGACGAGAACGGCCUAACUACUGCUCUCACAGCUGCCAUGCACCACAAAUGGUGCGUUGUGAAAAUGCUUCUUGUCAAUUUUUCGUUGGAUGUCAACGCCACUAAUGAUCACGGACAAACUCUGUUGCACUUGUCUGCUGCAAAUGGCGAUCUGGAGGCUGUGCAGUUUCUCAUUUCUUACCAAUCGGCGAAUACGAACUGCCUUGACAAUAAAGGACGGAGCCCUUCUCAGGUGGCCGCCGAACGAGGUCACUGCAAAGUUGCAAACGAGAUAACUAAAGCACAAAAUACUGAAGCUGCAUUGCAUCAAAAUCGCUUGUUGAGUACGUUUUUACAAAAUUAAAACAGCAGAACUUUUUCAAAGGCCUUGCUAGACGAGGGCGAUAUGACCCCUCUAGAGGACCGCUGCAGUAUAGUGAAAACAGCUAUAAACGUCACAGCGCGCUCUCAGGUACGUGGAACGCAUUUGACGAAACAGUUCAACGAAGAGUGUAAGCGAUUUGGUAAUAACGCAGUGCGAGCAGUAAUGCUUCAGCAAUGACACCCGACAGAAUGGAGAACGAUACAAACAAAAGCUGAAACAGCAAGCCCACCUCUUUCGAAAAAUAAAAAUCCGCUUGAAAGAAGCGGAGUUAGAGGAAAUGGAGCAGCUAAGAACGGCCACAAUACAAGGAAUUUCUACCAAAAGCUCAACGCAUCCCGCAACGACUUUGUGCCGCGAGCCGAAAUGUGCAGGGAUAAGAUCGGGAGACUCUUGUCGAAUGAACGUGAAGUGAUUGAAGGGUGAAAUCAGCACCUCGAUGAGCGAAGCGCUGAACGUAGACACAGUAUAUCAGAGCAACGGAGGAAAUGACUAUACGCCAUUAUAGAAGAGAACGAAAAACAAAACAGUUUUCCACGCUGAGGAAAGUUGAGGAAGUCAUUCAACAGCUCAAAACCUACAAAGCAGGUGGUGAAGAUGGUACAGCAGCUGAAAUUCCCAAGAUGGACCCAGAAAGUUACACACCUGUCUGCACCGGUUGAUAUCCAGGCUCUAGGAAACGGAACAGCUACCAGCGAAGUAAAAGAACGGAUAGUUUGCAACUUUCUCAAAAAACCCAAAUUAAUCCACCUAGUUGUGAUAGUGGAUUUCUCGUUUGUAUUCAUAUCUGGCCUCUUCCAGGAGUACUGCUGUGGAACACCUAAGUGGCCAUAACUCCGGAAUGGCUGGACCAAUCCGAACCAAUGGGAUCAGAUUCCGCGUCGAAUGUCAUUGAAGGUAUACCCAGGUAACCGCCAAGCAUUAAAGUAAGCAAUAAUAUGACCUUCCAUUCGCAUUCCAUAUGCUAUCUGCUAUCUAACAGCCUACCGAAUGCUCAUCGGUCGAUAAUGAGCAUAUUCCUUGCAAAAUAAAAGUUAGCUGUUUUUAGUCAGCAUGUUGAAAACAUAUCAGCUUAACAACAGCACUGCCGCUGCUUUGAUGGCAUUUGUUGUUCGCCCUAAUCAAUGCUGAAUUAUAGCUAUUUUCGGAUCAACACAAAUUGUGACCCGUCUCAAUAUAAAUUUGUCAACAUGGAAAAUUCAAGAACAUGGGAGAAACUUGUUAAAAGUGGUUCUUACAAUAGAAGUUUAAAGAAAUAUGUCGACAUUAGAUUACCAGAACCAGAAGAAAAUGUGCUUCAAAUGGAAAGUGCGCAGACGAUGCCAAAUGAUUCGAAGCCGAGUUCGAAGCCACCCAGGGAAGAUCCUUCUCCAUCGGAUUUUCAAAACGAAUCGAACGAUAAUUUCAACCCAUUUGUGGACUGGGAUGAGCAACAAUCGGAGCCAGAUGAAGUGAGUUGUUCAGCGUAUGAUGAUUACUACAGCCUCGAUGGCGAUUCCAUUGGAUCUGCCGAUAAUUGCGAAGCAAAUUUGGGCCUUAAUCAGGACAGUGUCGAAUUAGACCUCACAGCGUUUCUCCAAAACUGGAGCUUAGAACACAACAUACCUCAUUCUGCUUUGAAACCACUUCUGAGUCGCUUGUCCCAAUAUGACCGUACACUCCCUGAAGAUCCCCGACGUUUAUUAGAUACUCCUCGAAAUCCGGCCAAUAUUGUAGAAAUCCAAGGAGGGCAAUACUGGCAUCAUGGUCUUGGUAAAUGCGAUCAUACACUUAAAUAAAUUUCCAGACUAAAACUAAAUAUACAUUUUUUUCAGAAAAUUGCCUCCGUUCCGCUUUCAGUACCCUCGCGGAGCCAAAGAACAUUUCAAUCAAUAUUAAUAUUGAUGGUCUGCCGUUAUUUAAAAAUAGUACACAACAAGUGUGGCCUAUACUUUUCAAAAUAUAUGAAGAAGAGGGUCUUAAACCAAUGAUAAUAGGCAUUUUCUAUGGCAAAACAAAGCCAAAGCGCGUGGAAGAAUAUCUAGGUCCUUUCGUUGAAGAAGCCAUUCCAAUUUUGCAAUCAGGCAUAGUUAUCAAUCAGCACACAUUGAAAGUCAAACUCCGAUCUUUCAUCUGUGAUUCACCUGCCAGAGCUUUUAUCAAAGGUAAUAUUACUGAAACAUAAAAUAUGCAAAUGAAAUAUCUUCGGUCACUACAUAAAAUCAGGUACAGCAAAUUUCAAUGCCUUCCACGGAUGUUUAAAGUGUACACGCAAAACAAGAAAAGCUACCAAAAAUUGAGAUAUGCCUUUUUUACCAAUUUAUGUAUUAAAAACGUACAGAAAAUGUGGUAAAUCAUAACCCAUUCGUUGUAUUAAGAUGCGCUACACGGUUCCAUAGCUUCCAUACCACUACACACAAACACCUCCAUUGAAACCCGAGAAGUUGAACCGGGUUGCGUCUAAAAAUAACUUUCGCUUCGCUGCUGAGCUUCGCGUCCUAUGGACUU